AUGUCAGGCGACGUGGAGCAAGUUUUCGCUGAGGCUGUGAAAGCAACCAAAGGCCUCAAGAAGCUACCUUACGUCGACUAUGCCCAUCGGCUGCACAACAAGGUCCGGAACCAGUUCCAGGGGACCAGUGGUCUCCAAGAUUUGCAAGCAUGCGUGGAUCGGGCGCCGACCUACCCCGAAGAUGACCCCGAUCCCGACAAUUGGGCUAUCGACAUCUUCGGGAUCGGCGACCUGUUGACCAAGCUGAUGAUACCCUCGGUCGCGAAUGGGAUUGCGGGUUUGGAAAGCGAUGAUGACCCUCAGAACUUGCGGCAGUACGUGGACCAGAACAGUUCGCACCUUUGGUAUCUGCAAUGCAUCACCAACCUUCUAGGGUUCUGCUUGGUUGAGCACGUCAACCGCGACCUCAAAUCCCGAGGAGCCCUGACUAUCGACGACUUGUGGCACAACGAGGACUUCAAGAGAUCCUUGAUGCAGUUCAUCACCAAUCCGGAAUUCAUUCGGACGGAGGUCCGCACCGAUGUGCUCCGGGAUGAUCAUCUGUUCAGUAUUGUCUGGCUGCUCAUCGCCGACUACAUGUCCGACCGGGACCAUGUCUGCCGCAACACCCCGGUCGCCGGGAGCGAGUUUCAAAACAGGCCGAGCUACCAGGCCCUGGUUCAAUGGUCUUAUACCCUCUGGGCGGAGGCCGGGGGAAAGGGAGAUCCCGACCAGAUGGAUUCCAUCGUCCGCUUCUGUGGCCGCGUGGCCAGCUUCGCCCUGUGCCCUCUCGAUGCGACCACCGGGUUCCAGGUCCCCGCGCAGACAUUUACCGUGACCAAGGCUUUCUAUGAGAUGAGUGAGACCGGUAACGGGGCCCGAGCUGUGGCAGAUGAUAUGUACAAUCGAGAAUUACGGGAGAGCUUGCAGCGCUUACAGGACCAGGAGGAGAUAGUGAAUGAAUGGCAGUCAUAUUGUAUGGCGCUGACCCAUGCAUGGGAAUCCGAGGCUGUGCCCCUCUGGGAGGAGGGCUUGUAUCGCGCCUUUAAAGCCAAGAAGUGGUCCUCGAUCCAGUCCUGGCUGCACGAUGCAUGCAAUAAGGAGGGCCAGUACGGGUUGGUGGGGGAUAACCGUCCGGUCAGAGAAGAGGUUUGCGGUAUCUUCAAUCCGUUGAUGGUGUCUGGUCUCCUGCCGGGAACCCCUAUUGCACUUGCCGAUGGAAGCUCACGACCGGUGGAGGACAUAUAUUCAGGGGAUGUGAUUCUGGCUCCUGAUCACCCGGGCAAGUCGGUUGUAGUUCGCCAGAAUCGCCUUGGACGGUCACCAAAGACAAGGCUGGUUGGGUUCAACGGACAGCCUCCCUGCAUGCCUGCCUCGCAGGUGUUUCAGACGACGACCGGACCACGGGCAGUGGAUGUGAAGGGAGCCCGAUGUUUCAAUCCCUAUCGAAACAUUGGCCAGCUCGCCGUCGGGCACAUGCUCUUCCGGCUGGAGGGGCAUGAAUGGAUUACAGUGGAAAUCAAGUCUAUCGACCGGGGCAAGGUGCCUCGAUCGGAACUGACACACACAUUGGCGUUGGCUGCCGAGCACCAGACCUACCACGCACAUGGUUAUGUGAUUGACACGAAUGCCCCCUGUCAUACACUCCGAGAAACAGGGGAGAGGCUGCGCCAAGUCCCCGAGGAUCAACGGCUGGUCCUCUUGUCCACUUGCAAAGAGCUAUCUUUCAUGUUCCAGCGAUUCGACGUGCAGGCCAUCUCCCAGCGCUUGAACUGGGAACUAUUCGGUCAAUACAGUUCUUCAAAGGGAAAUCAUCCUGUACCAUUGAAGUCCAUCGCUUCUCUGUCGUUCAGAGACCGGGUCAAGCUCAGGAAGGCCAUUGACGUGCCCAAAGGAGUGGCAAUUGAACGGCUCAAAAGAAAAUUUGCUCUCGACGCUCAUGCCCCGGACCGCCUACCAGCCGGGUAUGAGCUUCCUACUUUAACGCUGGUCGAUGGCUAUCUCAUGGUCGACGACGAGGUGCAGCUCCGAAGUACCUACGACCCCUACCACAGAAGCUUCCGAUGGACGCGAGAACUUCAACAGCACAACCUCUUCGAGCAUGGAGUCGUGGAGAUCUACUCUGAGGCGACCGCAGGACGCGGGGCUAUCUACUUAUCUUCCGAAUUCGAGCCUCAGAGAACGCUCUGUCGGGACCAGGCCCAUUCUUUUGAAGCACAGGCCCGAAGCUUGGACCCCCGAUUCACCCGCACGAGGCGCGCGGAUGACGAUGGCAGUGAGUGGCAAGCCUUGUCAGAGUGGCAGAUUACGUAUGAUCGCAGUAUCUGGCCUGCCGAUGAGGAAGAGAGAACCGAACCCCAGGACCCAGUCGAUGCAGGCAUCAUUGAAGAUGGCUGGUGGGCCUCACAGGGAGUCAACAUCCCCGGGGUUCGAUUGCCUGCACUUGACGAUCUAAGAGACCAAAUCAACCAAAAGUAUGGGCAACACCUGGGAGAGUUGUACCAGUCAGUAGGGAAGCUGUACAGCAGUGACGAGACCUACGAGAGCUAUGACCUGUACAACGUGCGAUGGAAUCGUGCAUCUCUGGUUCCCUUUGUAUCUAACACCGGACUGGAUGUCCAGAAGACCUUCGAUGUGGGCUUCCCGGGCCUGGACAUUGAUGUGACUAUACCAGCACUCUUCCAGGAGAUGACGCUCAAACUAGAUGACAGCGACUUCCUUGAUGAGAAGAUCACUGGCUACUUCUUUGAAUACGAUCCAACGAAACGAGGAAACAAGGGCAACCGUCAUCUGGUAACAGGAACUUUGGCCACAUCUAUGGCAGUUCAAGCCUGUCGCUCCAAGAUCUCCCAGGCGUACGCGCCCAUCACAAAACCUGGACAGACCGACACCGCCAACGAGCGGCUUCAACCAGCGCGGAUCACGGAGACUCUUCUCUCUUCCAGCGCGCUGAGUAUCAAAGAUCUCGUCAACCUCGCAGGCUACAAUGAAAUAUCGGUUCACAAUGAUACGCAAACGCUUAUCAAGGAAAUGAUGUUGUACCACAUGGAUAGCAAUCAAAGAGAAAAGAUCCUGCAACAGCCCAAGCCCGUCCUGAACAAGGAUAUUCCAGUCUCUCUCGCCGACGACCUUCCACAGAAGCUGAAAGAAUUCUUCAAGAACAAGUACGCCCCUGCUUUCAUCUCUCGCUACGUUGGGCGGACGUCAAAGUACAUGAACAGUUUCACGGAAAAGGAGAUGAACAACCUUUGGUAUUGGUGGCAGGGGAAUGGCAAAAACAGCCUCUCGCAGAGUGAAGAAUACAACGACAUCAACCGCCUAGCUUCUCGGGAGGCGAUGUUCCGGAUGAACGAGGAAAAAUUGGCACCGUACCGAGCAGACAAUCCGGAUAACUGGGCUGAACAGCUUUGCACCUUCCUUCUCAAUAACCCUCGCCAGCUGCGCAAGUGGGCGAACUUUCCCAUCGACGACAGUGGUAAUAACUUGAUCAACAAGCAAUGUAACAUCUUGGAUAUACUGAGUCCGUCAAAGGAUUGGGCAGGGCAAUUUUUCAACCAGUUCAUGGCCCUUAUCUUGUCGGAUGGUCUGGAAUAUGCGGACAUCGAACAAGAUGGGGAUCAGGAUGCCAAGUACCCAUGGCUGCAUGAUUCCAUGCACGAUCUCAUCGUGAAGGUCCUCAAUGACGAUCCUUCCAUCUCAGGUGACGUGGAGGCGGCGUUGCGGGAACAAAUCGAAGAGUUUGAGAAACAGAACAACUUGAACCAGCAAGCUGAUGCUGCGCAGCGCGCGGCGGCGAUCGUCGAAAAAAGUGCCUCAUUCAUGAAGGAACUCACCGGUUGGCUAACGUACAUUGGCAAAGGGGUCCAGGCUGCUUUUGGAGGUGCCUCGCUCUGGAAAUGGGUCGGGGAAGCCUUCGAUCGAGUGGCAAGCAAAGUCUCCCUCCCUGGUGCGGCCAAGUUGAAAGGAAUCUCAACGAUAUGCAUGGUUAGCAUGACGGUGGCAACGGUAAUGGUGACUAUUUGGACCCUCACAGAAUCGUGGAAUGACAUGUCUGAUGCUCAACGAACGGACGUGAUCAUUGAGGUAAUUCGCAUGGUGACUGACGGUCUCGAUAAGGGGUUGGAGGCUUGGAAGAGUUACCAGUCCAAGCCGGCUUCUACACCUGCCGAUGAGCUCAACAUGGAGACCCUCGGCCAGAACCUGACGGAAGAGAUCAUGGAGCAUGGGGAGACGAUAGGCGAGGUGGCGGAGAAGAUCGCAGGUGAUGAAGACUAUCGAGUGGUCAUGGCGGACGGGCUUCAUUCCGAGGGAGUUACCACGGCGCCGGAGGGCGAAGAAACGUGGAACGAAGAUAUUAAUGCCAUUGCCGAGGACGUUCCCCCCAGUUUUGAAGAAGCAGCCAAAAAGUUCAACUGGUCGGGCAAGCUGCUACGGGUGUUCAACGCCGUCCUGGGCCUUGGCUUAAUAGUUGCCAUGUCCUUCUCCCUCGCCAAUGACUGGAACUCUCUGUCGGACCCCGGCAAAGUCCUGGGCGUGUUGAAUGUUGUUGUCCAGGGGUUGACGGUACUGCUGGAUGUGAUCGAGGUCGGAUCCGACAUCGGGCUCUGGGCCGUGACUGAAACCAUGAGCGUGGCGCUACCGAUUCUUGGGGCCGUUCUGGCGGUGGUUGGCAUCGUUCUCAUGGUUGUCCAAGUCUUCAUCAACCUCUUCACGGGUAGCAAACAGCCUCCCGACCCUGUGUCCGAUUUCAUCGACGACGAGGCACAUGCGCUCAUCGGCACCUUUGAUACUGCUCCUUCCCCCCAGCUCUCAUACACAAUCUCCGACCUCAAGGUGGCCGCAGGACAAGUAAAGACCAUCACAAUCAAGGGAGAAAACAAGUCGUCCGACAAUGUGACCAUAUCUAACACCGUCAUAACUCUCUAUUCCGGGGAUGACAGUGUGUGUCUCUUCCGCAAUGGGGCCGACGAGACCGAGAAUAUUCAGUUGGUGGAUGAUAGCGAUCCAAACCACGACAGCAGUGGGUACACAUAUGUGACUCCUGCCGACACCACGGCGGCACAAUUGCCCAUUCCCGCAAGGCUGGGCACUACUUCUGCGUACUACGAAUAUGAUCUCCAGGUGGCGGGUCCUCGGGCCACGUCCACCAAGCUGAAGGAACUUGUCGUCAGGUCGGGCGAAUAUAUCCAGUCCGUCUGGACGGCCAAGAUCAACAACAAGGGCGACUCGGAUGACAGCUCUGUCAGUUGGAUUGAGAUUGUCGAGAAUGGGUUAAAGGAUCGAUGCCAGGUGCAGUUCGCGUUGCAGCGGGUUUAGUUUUUGUUUUUUCUCUUUGUCUUCUUUUCAACCCUCAUGAUCGUCUUUUGCGGUGGUUAUUUAGUAGUAAAAUUCGCUGCAAUUUCAUGCAUUUGGCGGAAAGAUAUUCUCCCAGUAUCUUCUCGCUCUGCACCCGAAUCGAUUCCUCCGACCUCUUUCUUUUUCGGACUGGCGCAGCGCGUUGCUACCAGUAAUGAUGGACUUGCCUUGCGGGUGAAUAUUGAAGCAGUUCGCAUUUCUAAGCAGUUGUUUCUAAAUAAAUGAAGGAUUAACCAAUCAUGAAUAUGAUCG